UUUAAUAAACAUGUAAAGCCAACACAGCAAAUGUUUGCAGCAAAACAAAAAAUGUGGCUUUUAGAAUUGAAUUAUUGUGAGAACUUCUCUAUAGAUAAAUAACAAAAUGUAUGACAUUGAUAUUCUCAGUAAAUACAUUUCUCCUAUUGAGAGAUGUAUGUACUAUCAAUUUACUCUCAAUAAUGUUUUACAAACAUUUGUUUGUAAAACUCCCAAGUAAUUCACAUAUAGAAGCCAAAAAAGAUGUCUAUAAAUUAAAUGGCAAUAAAAUGUAUUUUUAAAAUUUGAUGGUGGGGUUAGACCAAAACUGGGCUCAUGGCCUCACUGUCCUAAGUCCUAAAACAAUAUCAAAGAUUUUACUUGUAAAACAAAACAAAAAUUGGUUGUAAGAAAUUAACAAAAAUAUGCAAAUAUUUAGUCAUUUUGUCUUUAUCUAACUCAAUUAUUAUAGUGUCUGUAUACUUUAGCCAGUGGCAGAUUAAAGUCAGGGUUAUUUUGUUGGUCACAAGCUGAGAGCUUGAAAACAGCUACUGAACUGUCACAUAUUACAUUUGAACACAUUUAAAAGUCUAAUAAAUUUACAAUUCCCAGACUGAAGUGCAGCCAGAAUGCAUAGUAUGACCUGAUGAACACCACCCCCAUGCUCAAGUAAGGAGGUGAAAGCAUUAUUCUUUGGGUCAUGUCUUCUGAAAAAGGUGAGGGGUUGGUUCUGGAUGACAAAGACUGCCAAGACAAUAAAGAAGGGUUAAAAUAAGAAGGACAUUAAAGUGAUGAAGUGGCAAAGGUUGUUGGAAAAUCUGCCAAGAAACCUCUGCCAUAAGGAAUGGUUCAAAAUUCUUCCUGAGACGAUUGCAAACCUUGUGACAACAAAAACAGUCUCGAUAUCGUGUUUUCCCAACAAGAAGUUUCUUUUCACUCAAUCAUAGUAAAUCAUUCUUUUUGUGUAUUAUGUUAAAGUUAGAUUUUUCUCAUUGAAAAUCUUAUUUUCUUUUUCAACAAAUUAAAAACCCUAACCUAACUACUACUCCCAGACUCCUAUGCGGCUGUUUGGUGUUACGUUGAAAUGGGUACUUCCUGUGUUUGCUGCUGGUUUCCAUGUUAUAUCGGCUGGUUCUGGUUUGACAUGUUACCUAACAAAGCUAUGCACUACCGGUUACUGUGGUAACUUUUCUCAUUAAAAAGAUGCGGCUGCCGCUGCGCCUCUUCCCCUCUCUACCCGCUCCUGUCCGGACAGCCUCCUCUGUCCCUGCGGGGAAGCUGAAUUUCGUCCCCGCUUGCAGCACCGCCGAUGGCCGCUCUCUGGAGCUGCUGCAGGACUUUGUGUCCCGAUCCAGGCGGCUGUUCGUGGUCACCGGAGCGGGUCUGUCUACGGAGUCGGGCAUCCCGGAUUACCGCUCGGAGGGUGUCGGGCUGUACGCCCGCACCGACAGGAGACCGAUGCAGCACACGGAGUUUACCCGCAGCGCCAAGUCCCGACAGAGAUACUGGGCCAGAAACUUCGUCGGGUGGCCGCAGUUCUCCUCCCAUCCGCCCAACUGUGCCCACCGGGCUCUGCGGAGCUGGGAAGAGAAGGGGAAGCUGCACUGGCUCGUCACCCAGAAUGUGGACGCCCUCCACUCCAAGGCAGGACAGACACGGAUUACGGAGCUCCACGGCUGCGCCCACAGGGAUUGUGUUUCAUGUGUUCUCAGGGUAACAUGUCUUGGCUGUGGCAGCAUCACCGCGCGGGAGGAGCUGCAGAGGCGCUUUGUCUCAUUAAACCCGGAUUGGAGCGCUCAGGCAGGAGCCGUGGCUCCGGACGGCGACGUCUUCUUAGAGGAUGAGCAGGUCCUGACCUUCAGGGUCCCGUCCUGUGAGCGGUGCGGGGGGAUACUGAAGCCAGAGGUUACAUUUUUUGGAGACACGGUGGCCAAAGCGACGGUGCAGUUCGUGCAGGAGAGACUGGCAGAGGCAGACGCAGUGCUGGUCAUCGGCUCAUCGCUGCAGGUGUACUCAGGAUACAGGGUUCUACUGGCAGCGAGCGACAAGAAGAUGCCGAUCGCCAUCCUGAACAUCGGACCCACCAGAGCAGAUCACCUGGCAGAGCUGAAAGUGAGGGGUCGCUGUGGUGAAGUUCUGUCUGUCAUCCAGCCCCUCUGACCCCACGGACCGGUUUAGAGUCAUCUCAGACGUUAGUAAAUCGCCAUCAGAACGAGGUGAUGUGAAAGGACCGACUAGACGGCAAGAACUGCUGUCCUGUUAGCACUUUCCACACAGCUNGGGGGGAACGGUUUUAGAAGUCCAACUUGUGUGUAACGGGAAGGCUCAAACUGUGUUUGGUUUGACUUUGAGCUGAACAUGACGAGGAUCUGUGUCACAUCCUCUGACUCUUCAGUCCUUUAGAGGUGCUGCUUUAAAAUGCAACUGUUUUGAUCUAAAGUGACUUUUACUGAAAGAUAUUUGGAGAAGAGCAAGUAGCCGCAGAAGUACAAAUACUUGUUUGUGAAAUGCAAUAAUUAGAAUGCAACUGCUGUCACAGUGCAAUUAAAGAUUUUAAAUUCA